AGCCGGAAAGGCAGGCACUGCUAUACACAUAGCGGUAUCGAAUAGAAAUUAACCGUCGGUGACUGUCACCUUUGGAAGAAAACAAACAAACAAAACAAACACACACACACACACACAUAUGAACAACCGUGAAAUGGUCUUUUCAGACGCCAAAACAUUACUUACUUCCCUGGGAAGGUGGAAGUAAUGUGCGGAAAUGUCAUUUUCAUCCAGCUGGACGGCGUUUGCACAGAAUGCGUGAGGAGGAUAUAACCGGGAGGCACGGAUGGAGAAUGAUGAUGAUCAUCACCAGCACCAUCAUCACCACCAUCAUCACUAUCACCACCACCACCACGCUGGCGUUCAUCUGAAUACUGACCAUGUGUGGUGAAGGAGGAAUGGUGAAGAGUCUGCUGUGACAUUUAUCUGUUUCAUCUGGAUACUACAGAGAGAGAGAGAGAGAGAGAGAGAGAGAGAGAGAGAGAGAGAGAGAAGCUUCCCCUACCUGCUUGUCUGCAGCCCUGAAAUGAAUAAAGCGUUCUCCUCCCUUCGGUCGCUCCUUUGGUGCCACUGGGCCAUGGUUCGUAAGAAAGGCUCCCUUAUCUUAUGCGGAGCGGUUCUGUUCAUCGCCUGGAAUGCCUUGCUGCUUCUGUUUCUCUGGGGAAGGCCACCCAUCGGUCGACUCGGAGACGGAGGCGGAGCCGAACCGGGCGCAGGAGAGGAAUGGCAAGCUGGGAAAGGGAAGCGAGGUGGAGCCAGCGGGCUGGCGGGCGAAGUGAUCCGAUUGGCAGAAGAGGUGGAAUCGGAAUUGGAGACUCAAAAGAAACUCCUGAAACAGAUACAGAGCCACAGGUCAUUGUGGGAACAGAAUAAAAACCUGAGGAAAAAAGAGGCGGAGGACUCGAGGGACAAAAAAGAAGGAUUUAAAGAACCUCAGGAGUUGCCCCAGUUACCCACCUUAGUGGGAAAUGAAAUAAUUGUCAAAAACAAGCAGGUUCCUGUUGUCACAAACCCUCCGCCAGACGCGAAGCAGGACAAGGAGACGAACAAUGACAAACCGUUGGACAAAAAUAACGUGGACCUUACAGAUCCUAGUCCUCAAACUGUCAUCCCGAUCUUGGUCAUCGCUUGUGACAGGGUUACAGUGAAAAGAAGUUUGGACAAGCUGAUACAGUACCGGCCUUCAGUGGAGCUUUAUCCAAUCGUCGUGAGCCAGGACUGCGGUCACGGCGAUACGGCCCGGGUCAUCGGCUCCUAUGGCAGUCAGGUGACCCACAUCAGCCAACCAGAUCUCUCCAACAUUCCUGUGCGGCCCGAUCACAGGAAGUUCCAGGGUUACUAUAAGAUCUCCAGACACUACCGUUGGGCCCUGAACCAAGUGUUUAACACGUUCGGUUACUCCACUGUGGUCAUCGUAGAAGACGAUUUGGAGGUGGCGCCGGACUUUUUCGAGUAUUUCCGCGCUCUCCACCCGAUCCUGCUCUCCGACCCGACGCUGUGGUGCAUCUCAGCCUGGAACGACAACGGCCGUGACGGCCUGGUGGACCCGGGCAAGCCUGACCUCCUCUAUCGGACAGAUUUCUUCCCGGGUCUAGGAUGGAUGCUGUUGAAGGAGGUGUGGGCAGAGCUGGAGCCCAAGUGGCCCAAGGCAUUCUGGGACGACUGGAUGCGUCACCCAGAGCAAAGGAAAGAGCGUUCCUGCAUUCGCCCAGAGAUCUCCAGAACUAUGACUUUCGGCCGGAAAGGAGUCAGUCUGGGUCAAUUUUUCGAUCAGUAUCUGCGCUACAUUAAACUCAACGCUGAAUUUGUGCCUUUCACUAAACGGGAUUUGUCUUAUUUGGUCAGGGGGCACUACGAUGAAGACUUUAAUAAAGAAGUGUACAGUGCGCCUUUGGUGAAAGUGGAGGAGCUGCAGCAGGGUGGCAGUUUGCAGGGUUCAGGACCGUUCAGGGUGCAGUACUCUAGCAGGGACAGUUUCAAGGUUUUAGCCAGGAAUUUGGGCGUGAUGGACGACUUAAAGUCUGGCGUUCCACGUGCCGGUUACAGGGGUGUGGUCAGCUUUCUCUCGCGCGGUCGAAGGGUUUAUUUGGCACCCCCUGAGGGCUGGACAAAAUAUGACACAAGCUGGAGCUGAAGGAUCUCGUACGGAACGUGAACUGAGUGUCAGAACCAUGCAAGAGGAGAUGAUUGUCCUCUUAAACCAAAGAAAACAUGCAUGGUAGAGAUGGGAAUGCACGGUCAAAAUGUGAGCGAUUUUAUGAAGGAAGGCAGCUUCGGUCUGUUCUGAAGAUUCACCUGCCAUUCACACUAGCAAGCGACAACACCUCGGUCACUUGUGGUGGCGUGUAGCGACUGCCACCGAUAUCACCUUUCGGGUGCGCACUGGCUGCGUUUUUAUUAUUUUUUUAACUACUGUUAUAAGAUGCGGUAGUCUUUCAUUUUCUUCACUCUUUUAGCACCAAAGGCUAUCGAAAGGGAACUGAGCACUGGUCCGAAACCUAGUGUGAGACCAGCGAUUCUAGGGAAACUUCAUUUGCGUUUCAGUGCACCAUGGGUAAUUUGGAUAGAAUCGAAAAUUUCGAAUUCAAAUGUCACAGAGUGCGGCUCGACGUCACGCAGCUUUUCAUAGAAAAUCGAUAUCCGGCUGUCGCUUUCGUCACUUGCUAGUGUGGACACGUUUAGGGUUAAACACCCAGUUGUACUGGGAACAACAACAACAACAAUCCCUCAUGCACAUACAGCAGUCGUAUUCAGAAAAGACCCAAAGUGAAAAGUAUUACCGUUUCCAUGCCAACGAAGGCUUGACAUCAUCACUGCUAAAUUGUAUAGUUUCAGACUGACUAUCAUAAAAGAUCUCUCACUCAAUGAACCCAGUGAGAGUUGUUUUUUUUUUUUUUUAUUAUUAUUAUUAUUAUUUUUAAAUGAUUUACUGAUAUUGUUCGAAUGAAGUAAUGAAUGAAGGUAUAAAUGUCGUUUAACCUGACUGAUGCAUUCAGACAAAAGCAGAUUUGACCUACCUUUUAAAGGAGCACUACUUUUGGCAAAGUUCCCACAUGUGAAGUACCAAAACGUCUGCUGAAGUACUUGAACGCUGCUUCGUUCUCGAUAAUUUGGGAGCACUUUCAAUACGUUUAGUCCGAGAUGUCCUAAAUGUUGGGUUUGUUGCAGAACCGGUGACCACAGACAACUUGCUUUCCGUGUCGUGUCAAACGCAGUCGUUUCAGUGGAUCCAAGUGGACUGGACAAGAGGACGGAUCGAAUCUAAUUUAAAAAAUAUGCUGUAUUCGUGGGAAGGUUUGAAAUGUCCUAAUGUCUGUGUGACAAAGUAUAAAACCACUGCCUGAUGUGUUGUUUAUAAAAAAUUUAAUACAUUGAUAAUAAAUGACUAUUUUGAUA